AUGUUUGUGGCAUCUACUCCAGACGCCGUAGAGUUUCGCAAAAAUAUUCGUGCAUAUAAUAGCAUCUUUGCUUUUACAUCUUUUGGUGUUAACCUGGAUAAGGAACUAGCAUCUGCAAGAAAAGGAGUGUACACAUUCAGGGCACAAGGUCAAAUUUAUCACGAUCUACCAUCAUUGGUACCGCGUGAUAACAAUCCCUGUUACUUCCAACUAUACUUCUUUGAUACAGACAACGAGUUGACCAACAGAUUAUCAAAGGUGAAUGAAGGCAUUCUUUCAGACCAAAUUGCAAAAAAGAUCAAACAGGUAAUGGAUGGUAACCCAUAUGCACAAAUUUUUCGCCAAUUAAAAGACCAAUUAAGUUUCCACAAUUUCCAACUUCGUAUUGCUGCAAAUGCCUCUUUGGAUCAACGAGUGUACAACACACCCUCGGUAAGUCAAGUAGCAGCAAUUUGGAUCGAUGGAAACAAUCCAAAUACAUCUUUUGAUCGAGAAAUAAUUGUUCAUGAGCAUUCAGGGUACAAGCAUAGAGUAAAACACUAUUUUGGUUGUUAUGACCCUCUUCAAUAUCCUUUGCUAUUCCCAAGAGGUGAAGGCGGAUGGCAUCAAGGAAUAAGAAAACAGAGCAAAAGACUACCUCACAGAAGAAGUGCUCACUCCCCAAUUAUAACCAAUGAUAUUCCAACAUUCAUAUCAGCUGAUGCAAUAUUAGCCAACGAGGAUCAAGGUAAAAUAUAUCACCUUCUGCCCUUUUAUAGUAAAAAAUUAGUCACAAUCUUCACAAGUUAGCUACUGAUAAAAAAAAACAUACAC